AUGGCCGACGACGAAGCUUCCGUCUUCGAAGCUUCCGUCUUCGAAGCGAUCAGCAGCUUAGGUCCGUUGAGCGAGGCGGAGCUGUCGAUUCCCGCGCUCGGCACCGCUGAAUCGUCGCCCGACGAGUUCAAGAUCGAAGAGAUCGACGGCUUGCCUUGGCUUCCCCCACUCGAGCCAGUACCUGUCGCGCGUGCUUCCGAUUUUUCUUCCAAACCUACCCAAGAGUGCGACGGGGAGCAUGUCCGACACCAUGAGCAGGAGCACAGCCGAGAGCAACAUUCUCGAUACCAGCAAACUGGAUUUUGUUCAGGCAAUUCGGGAGACAUCGAAUCUUCUCAGGCGAUCGACGGUCCCGUCGCACGGUCUGCGCCGCGAGCCGUUCCAGAGCAGAUCGGCACGCCCGGAUUCCGCCGAGGCUUCCUCCUUUCAGGCUCGGAACCGAUUCCCGUAGGAUCAGUGCCUGACCAGAAAAUAGAGAGAGGUGAAGCGCGAGGGAGUGUCAGACGAGAGGGGGAGGUGGAGGAGUGGAAGGAUUGGAUCAGCCUGUCGACCGAAACGCGUCCUGAGCUGCAUUUUUCUGAAGGCCAAGACUGGCUUUCUGAGCAUGGGACCCAGGAAGCUUCCGGAGUAACAAACACGAGCAGUUUCAACGGAGUCAUCGACAGCACAGCUUCACAGAGCAAGGGUGACUAUAACGAGGUGCAGGGGGCAAAGAGUGUUUGCUGGUUGGUUGGAAUGGAAGGAGAAGGUUUUUGGUCGAAUCCCCUGCCAGUGGAGGGAAGUGCCUGGGAGGGUGGGUUCCGUUGGGGUGAUUCGCAUGUAGCCACAGGAAAUUCUCGGAGAGAGCAGUGCGAUACGGAAGGGGCUGAUGCUAUUGAGGGGGAUACAUGGACGUUUGACGAUGCCGAAGGUGUGGGUUAUAACGACGAGGUGGUGGGGAGCUGGGUGGCAUUCCCUUCAGGAGCUGCUUCUGCUGCAUUCGAGCCCGCUGAACCUGCUGAACCUGCUGCGUUUGCCAGUGACAGUGCUGCGUCCACUGCUGGCAGUGCAGCAAGGCAGCCCGCAGGCAGGAACAGCACUGCUGUUGGGGCGUUCGGCAGUGCGGCGCCUGCCAGUGGUGCUGCUGCAGCGGGUGGUGCAGCGUGCUGGAGUGCGGAGGAGGUGAAGCAUCUUCUGGCGGCUCUCGAGCAGCAGAGCCAGCGGGUGCUGCUGGCACAGCAGAGGCAGAAAAGGAGCAGGGAAAGGGCCCAGUUGGGGGUGCAGCAGGGGGUUGGCGAGUAUGGAGACGAGGCUGAUGAGCAGGUGGUGCAGGGAGAUAGGGUGGGCAGGUGGAUGGGGAUGGGCGAGGAGGGUGAUGAUGUGGGUGGUACGGAUGUGGUUGAUGAGCUGGCGAAGGGUCAUGCUGAGCUGGCGCGUGAGGUGGAUGAGGUGGCAGAUGCGGAGGAGCGGCUGAAGCAGAUGGAGCUUAAGGGGAUGGAGGGGUCGGAGGGGUUGCAGGGGCUGACGUUGGAGGAGGGGUUUGUGUUGAAAGCACAUGAAGUAUCAGAGCUGGGCACAAGUACCAGCGCCGUCACCAGCAGCACGUGCAGCAGUACGAUCACCAGUAGCUCCAGCAAUAGCAGCAAGAGCACCCAUUGUGACUUCUCGUUUGAUGGCGCGUGCUCCUUUGCCACAGGCUCUGGCGCUCGUGAGAGGCCUCAACCCGCACAUGGGGAAAGCGCUCACACAAGCCCCCUCGCCACUGCCCGUGACCCAGCCCAACCGCUUCCAGCACCUCCUGAAGCUGCUUUUCCAGCACUGUGUACCGCAGCACCAAAGGGAGUGGUGCAUGGCGAUAUGCAGGAUAAGGGUGGAGGGGCGGUGGCGGCUAAGAGAGUGCAGCAGGGGAGCGUGCAUUGGGGCAAGGCACUGUUGGGCUCGCGUGCUGGUGCCAAGGGGAGGCUGAGAGGCGGGGGUUUCAAACGGGGGUUUCUGCUGGGUGGGGGGCGCAGCACAGGGAAGGAGAAGGGUAGUGUGGUGGAGGGAACCAAGCAGGAAGGGGACAGUGGUUGUGCUAAGCCUGUUCAUGGGGGCAGUCCUGGUAGUAUCCACAGCAAUGUUGGUGACGGUGCUGCUGGUGUGGAUGCACCGCCCUCUCAUGCACCACAAGCCUCACACGCCACACCUGCUGCAUCCCCCGCGGAUGAGGCACAAGCUGCGUUUACCCACGUGCAUCCUCUCUGCAUGGCUGUGGUGGACGCACGGGGGGAUUACCAGCAGCUGCCACGUGUCAUCAAGCGAUUGGAGGAGGCAAUCGGUAGCAAGGACGUGCCUGUGGGGGGUGUUCAAGUGUGCCUCGAGUUCCUCCUCUUCCCGCUCUUGCUAGUGCUGUCCCCACCCAUCCCCACCUCCACCAUUCCGCCCUCCGCCCCCGCCUCCCUCGCUACCGCAGCAGAGGCGGAGGCGCGGGUGGGCACGAGGGGCAGCCAGGAGGUGCGAGUGGAGGCACUGCGAGCUGUGCGCCUGCUCGUGGAUGCGGCGCACACACCCGACGCGCUCGCCUUCUUCCUUCCGGGGAUCCUCAGUGGGCUGUCCCGCGCCGCCCUCGCCCCCUUCUCCCCGCUCUCCAAUGAGCCACUGACACGUGGCGCUGCAGCGGACCCCUCAGCGGUGGCCGAGGCGCUGCGUGGGCUGUCACAGGCGCUAGUGCUGGUCAUGGGGGAUGCUUAUAGCGAGGAUGGACGUGACGAGGAUGAAGGGGAGGAGAAUGGGCAAGGGAGUGAGAGUGGGGUGACAGAGGAGGAGAGGGCUUUGAGCAUGCUGCAGCAGAUGGUGGGUCGCAUGGAGGGGCGCAGAGGGGAGGGGAGGAAGUGGGGGGAAGGAGAGGAAGACUGGUUGGGAGAGCAGGGGGUGGGGUCAGCAGGGGAGCUGCAAGGAGAAAAGGCAAGCGGCGCAGCAGGGACGGGGGAAGGCGCGGUGAUACUGAGGGAAGUGAGUGUGAGGAGGCGGGAGACAGGGGCCAAGGUGCACGUGCUGCUGCAGAAAGUGCUUCCCAAGGUGAGACGUGACGGUAUACAAUGCUGCGGCUCUGCGCUCAUGUAUGAACUUUCUCCUCGCCUCGCCUGCCUCCGCCAGCUGCCGGGCUGA